AUGAACGCUUCAAGUACCCUGCGAAAGCGGUCACUGUCGGUUCGCACGAGGAGCAAUGGAGCAGCGUCGGCUGUGGAAGGGAGGACGGCGGAUGACGACGCUGAGUCGCUUGGGGAACCGGUCAGCCCCUCCGCCAGGCUCGUUGAGGAGUACUUCAUCGUUGUCGUCAUAGGCCUCGGGGCGCCCAUUAACCAAUCCAGCGGCCGCGCGGGCAUCGGUGCGACGAUUGCAUGCUACCCACGCUUUCACAGCAUCCAGGCGACAGACAAGGACGGUACUCUACGGUGGGUGAGGACAACGGUUGACCUGGACUACCACAUCAUCUUCCCCAUGCUGGACACGGCGGCCGUGUUAGUCAACCCAGACCAGGCUGUGGAAGAUUACGUGGCGUCUCUGUCCACUAAACCCAUGGAUCAUUCCCGACCUAUGUGGGAGUUCCACAUCCUCGACUUCCCGACCUCCGAGGCCACCGCAACAGCCGUGAUCCGCGUGCACCACUCCCUCAGCGAUGGCACCUCCCUGCUCAUGCUCCUAUUGUCGAGCACGCGCAGCGCCGCCGAUCCUUCCAAGCCGCCAGCUUUGCCACCGUUGCCGGCACGCACCGGUGCUAUAUACGUGCGUCCACGACCGCCAAUGUCUGCCGGCUCGCUGGCCUUCGCCUUGUGGCUUUGGUCCUUCGUCCUGCUCGCUUGGCACACCAUGUGGGACGCUGCAAUCUUUAUCUCGACCAUACUAUUUCGGAAAGAUACACAGACGCUAUUCUCAUGUACGGACCAUGGGAACCGUCGCCCCAACCGCAUCGUGCACCGAAGUCUUAGCCUUGAUGACGUCAAGUUCGUCAAGGAUGCCAUGAACUGCGUAAGAGUUAUUUAA